AUGUCGACUUGGGAGCAGGUGGCGCAGGAGGCCGACGACGCUGUUACGGCGAAGGAUGUCAAGGGAUGUUACGAGAUCCUUCGCAAGGCUCACGAGAAUGGUGUCCAUCACCUACAGCUCACGUGGCGGUAUGCGCGGGCCUUGUACGAUAUGGCUGAAGAAACAACCGAAAAGAGAGAACGUGAAAAGUAUUUCAAGGAAGGUCUAGAAUGGGCCAAAAAGGCAGUGGAGGAGGACCCUAAUUUUUACGCGUCGCACAAGUGGUUGGGUAUUCUCCUUAGCGCACAGAAUGAGUUCAUCAGCACGAAGGAAAAGGUGGCAAAUGCUUAUAUCAUACGUGAUCACUUCCUAAAGGCUUUGGAACUCAAGGACGACGAUGCCACAUCACUCCAUUGCAUGGGAAUGUGGUGCUGGAAUGUGUUGCAGGUCGGCUGGGUGGAAAGGCAGGCGGCGAGUUUGCUCUUUGGGACACCGCCGACAUCUACCUAUGACGACUGUCUGAAGUACCUUCUGGCAGCCGAUAAGUUCGAACCGUCUAUUCACACCGCACUUGCAAUCGGCAACGUGCAUCUCCAGCUAAAGCAAAAGGAUCAGGCAAAGAUUUGGUACCAGAAAGCAAUUGACCUCCCUGCUGGUACGGAGGCGCAAAUGCGGCAGCAAGCUGAGGCCAGGAAGAAAAUAGCUUCCUGUUAA